UCAAGCCACUUCCUCCUUCCUCCCUUCCAUCUCCUACUGACGAAGGGCUGAUCGCACACCGGGUUAUCAAACUAAGCGUUUGCUUCAGUUUGCUGCAUGCUCACGCUAUCUGCUUACUCAAUCAAACGUCUGUCGUUUAUCUACACCAUCUAGAGAUGUCCAAUUGAUUGUGAAGUCCAUAAGAUUGCGCGAUCAAGGAGGCGAAGACUUUAAAGUGCAAACAUGACUGUUUAGAGGCUCGGCGGAUUAUUACUCUCCCUGCUAACAAACGCUAUCCUUGCCUUCGCGUUUUAUAACUCAUUACGACCUUAGGGACAAGCAAUGACACAACAAGUUACAGUAGACGGCAGGGUCUACGAUACAGUCGAAGAUGACAAGGAACCAGUUUGGAAGUCCUAUCUUUAUCAACUCCAGCAAAAGGCACCUCAACCCAUUUGCGUCGUUUGUAAUAACGAGAUUGCAAGAAAACCUGCCCAUUAUGGGAAAGAGUUUCAUGGUUCUAUUUCACGAGAAGAGGCAGAUGAGCUGGUGAGUCGUCAAGACGGCUGUUACCUUGUCCGGGAAAGCCAACGUUCGCCAUGGGCAUAUACUUUGACAAUGAGAUUCGAUGGGACAAAAAACUUUAGGCUGUAUUAUGAUGGAAUGCAUUACGUUGGUGAUAAGAGGUUCCAGACCAUCCACGAACUGGUAGCUGAUGGUCUCAUCACGAUGUACAUGGACACUUAUGCUAAAGAUUAUAUCGAUACAAUGAUGAUAGAUGCAGUCAGGCCAGAUGAGGGUAGUAAGGAAGCAGUGCAAGAAAAUGGGCAAGUGAAAGCUGUUGAGACAGAUGGGGCUAAGACACAGUCGCCAGCUAAGAAGGAAAGCCAAACAGAGGUGGUGCAACCUACUAAUAAAACUAAAGAUUCUAAACAAGUGCCAGCUUCUCCAGUGGUUGUUCCUAAAGAGGACAGACGAUUUAGUGCUAGCAAGCGACCUAGCGUGAAACCGUCAGCAUACACGAAAGCGCAUAACUUUAAGACGAACACUUUCAAGGGUCCUCAUUGGUGCGAUCAUUGUCGGAACUUUUUAUGGGGGCUUACUAUGCAGGGGGUUAAGUGUCAAGACUGUGGCUUUAAUGCACACAAACAGUGCACAAAAGCGAUCCCAAAUAACUGCAAGCCGGACAAAAAGUAUAUCAAAAGAGCCUUUGGCGUGGACCUCACUACACUCGUCAAACUUCAUAACACGAAAAGACCAUUUGUAGUUGAUAUUUGCAUAAACGAAGUCGAAAAGAGAGGCCUGGACUCAGAGGGACUUUACCGAGUUUCUGGCUUCGCGGAUGAUAUUGAAGCACUCAAAAAUUCAUUUGACAAAGAUGGCGAAUCGGUGAACCUCUCCACGUACGACGAUAUCAACACUAUCACAGGCGUGUGCAAGCUGUACUUCCGUCAACUGCCUCUACCCCUCAUCACUUUCGAGACUUACAGUAAAUUCAUAGCCGCUGCAAAAACACAAGACAAACACCUAAGAAUAGAAGAGCUAUCCAAGGCGUUAGGGGAACUUCCACAGGCGCACUAUGAGACGAUGAAAUUCUUAAUGGGACAUCUCCAUAGGGUGUCACAAAGGCGCAGUAAAAACAUGAUGACGGAAGAGAACCUUUCCAUCGUGUUUGGGCCGACGCUUAUGCGUGCCCCAGAAGGCGACUCCCUUGACUCACUGGUGGACAUGAAGUUCCAGAGACUCGCCGUGGAGCUUCUAAUAUCACAUCAACACGUGCUCUUCGAUACGCUAUAGUCACGCCGUUUGUGCCGGCAUCGUAACCGGUGUGUACUUUGAAUGUUCGAAUGUGCAGGGGGUGAUUCAUAGAGAAUUUUCCCGAGUAACCCCAACAUCUUAAAUUUGCUCUUUGUAAACUUGCCGAAGUACAGAGAUUCAUUAAUAUAUAUGAUUUAAACCACCCGAA